AUGUCAGGCUACUCCAGCGUCGAUGAAAUCUUCCACUCCGUCAUCAAUGAAACAUGCAGCAAUGAAGACACUAGCUCAAACGUUUCCUUCGACAGUUUCGAAAGCGACAGCAAUCACCAAAAAGAUCUCCAGGACUACUAUGCCCGAUCUGAUAGAUUCUCUCAAUAUCAUCACACCACUCAACCUGUAGAUGUUUCCUCCUCUCUCUCGAGUUUGAUGAAAUUCACGCUAGAAUUCAUCAAAGACACUGAACAACUCAAUGUCAAAUACUGA